AUGUUUAUAGUGAGUUUGCAUCCCGGCGGAGCCUGCGGGGGCUUCUGGCUCCUCGUGUGGACACAUAAGCGGCGCUGGGGCUUCUCGAGUGAUCACUUGGUGCCUGGAGGAACCUUGCUGGGCUCCGCAUAUGGUAGUGCGAUCUAGUUGAUAGUUCAUUAAGAGUAGCCCAAAAUAUUUUUCAUUUAACAAUACUCAAAAGCUGAAAAACGCGUCUCUUUUUUUAAACUGUUGUUUGAGCCUGAAGCUUUCGGUUAAUGGUACUUGAGUAUUUUGAAACUCAAAAUGAAGCUUCAACCUUCUACUUUUGUAUGAGCUAGUUGAUAAUUGUUGCCAAUUUUCCGUAGCCUAGAAUUUUUCCCCAUUUCAAUAUUUUUGAAGUAAGUCUCUAUGAAGCUAUAACUUAAAAUUAAGGUCAAAUUUGGAACUUCGAGACGUAUUCGUUGAUUUUUUUUAUGGGACGCUGAACUGAACACACUAAGUUCCAUAGUUCAAUUUUUUUAAUUUUUUUUUAAAAAGAUGUGCGGUUUGUUCCCUUUGAAAGUUUUGGAUUAUUUCAAACAAUUGCCCUCAGAAACCUAAAUGUGCAAAAAACAAACUUUAAAAUGUUGGAGUUCCUUUUCUUUCAAAUCUAGACUGUGAAAAGACUCAUGAUCUCGACUAAUCAUUAUUUGAAUGAAAGUUCGUUUCUUCAAUGAAAUUCUUUCUGAGAAAUUAGAUAAAAUUUAAAAUUUAAAACUCAAAAUUGUUGGAAAAUUGAUCAGACUAGCAUUUCCAAGAAUUACAAGUUUACGAGGGGGUCAGCAACCAAUGAUUCUAGCUUGUCGCAGAGAAGUUUCAAGGAUUUCCUGAGAUAAUCACCAAAAAUUAGUUUCUACUCAUGCUGAAAUUUCUCUACUUUUUUUCGAUCCUUAAGAUAAAGGAAAUAUUUUCAGAUUAAAUCUAUGACGGCAAAACGACCUCCGCGUCCCAUUCCUACUGCUUCAAUAAGCAAGGCGGAGGAAAAUGGUGAUUUGUUUUUCCAAAAAAAAACCGCGAAAACUGCAAAAAAGUAGAAAUUUAGUUUUGCGAUUUUCCUAAAUCUCGAAAAAGACUUCAAGACUUAUUUUUUACUCCAAGAUAUGUUCUUUUUUUAGAGUCUACUAAGAUGAUCAAGAUGAUCUCUCCAACCAUUUCGAAAGAUCAAUAUUUUUGAUUAUUUGAUUCAUAUUGAUCAAAGUUUGACACAUCAUAUCAAAAGGUCUCUCAUUAUAAAUGACAUGUUGACCAGUCAAAACCAUAAGUCACAUUGUUUAGACAUUUUAACUUUUGAUCGAGAAAAAUGUUGAAAUUUCAUGUUUUAGAUGUCAUGUUGUGAAUCAAAAGCAUAAUCGAAAGACCAUUUUUGCAGAUUCUCAUUAGAAUCUUGCCAUAAAAUUAUAUCACAUCAGAAAAAAAGUGGAACCUGGCGAACUAAUGGCGAGUGUCAGGCCUUGUCCAUUUUUCAGUAGAAAGGAGUGAACCUAUUUCAUAGCACGUCCCAACUACUAGUUUUCAAAAGUUUUUAGUUUUCGAGGAAAUAUGGAAAAUCGAAAAAGUAAUGACAGAAAUAUCAAAAAAUCCGUAAAAAUUAUUUUUUUAAUAUCGAAAAGUCGAUAAAAAUUAAAAUAGUAUAAAGGUGCCGAAGAUGGUAACAAGGCCCAAACAAUAUAUCGCGAAAAAAAGGGGCGGGGCUUCUCUAAACAUAAUUUGAUUUAUUUCAGUAACGGUGCAUGAGAUCCUCGUUCCCAUAAGAAAGGAGGCAAAACGAGAAGAAGUCAAAGUCUUGUCGUCGGCAGACCUUGCUCGCAAACUGCCAUUCUGCCAUGGGUUUGAUAUUUAAUUUCCGAAAAGGCCCAAAAAUGAUCAAUUUCAGGUUCAUGCCGGCUUUCGAAGCGAUGCAAUUGCUCAUUCGCGCGGGAGAUUUUCUCAUCCGCCUUCGCGAGGGUAAUUUGGUGGAAACCUUUGGAAUCAUGUUCCGAAAAAUGACAUUUUUCAGUUGAUAACAAGAUUCGAAUUGUCUUGAGCGUCGGCCUAACGUCCAAGCAAUCUUAUAAACUGAGAGAGAUGACAGAACCAGAAGAAGAAGGACCAAAAAGAUGGAAGGUGACUGAGAAAGCGGAUCAAGAUGAAAACGACGACAACGACGCGGCCACAGACCUGGGUGAGACGGGGGAUGGCGAGUAAACCUGGGAAAUAUUUAUUUUUGGGAAAAACUGAUCCCUUUUAUGUAAAUCUACAACUUUAGUGCUAAAAGGACGCAAUGGCUCUAUUUAGUUCUAAAUACAGCUUAAUUUCGUUUGAAAGCAGGGUGGCAUUCAGAAAGGAUCAGUGUCUCUUCCAUAUAUGUUGAUCAAAUCAAACUUGCUCAAAAUACCAAAUUCUAAUUCGAAUUAAAUUUCGGAGAAAAGUCGGCCGAAAAAAGUUUGACUAUACUUGCCGCAGUUGGAAUGACUACAUGCCUUGGGCAUUUUGAAAGCAACCCCAAUUUAAAGAUUAACGAUAUAAAUAUAAGAUUACAAUCCCUAUAAACCCCAACUAUAAGCCUUCCUGUUCGCAUUCGGAAUGUCCCAACGCCUCAAAAACCCAAGAAAAAAAGUCUUUAAAAUUCGAAAAAAGACGACUCCAGCGGCAAUCUGAUUAUUUUCAGAGAAUAGGCAAGGCACGGGCUCUUGUUCCGAAACUCGAGCUGUACCAUUUUCCGAGACGAUAGCAGUGAAUAUCCGGCAUAUGCAGUUGAUUGACGAUGAAACCGGUUGCUCUAUCGACGGAGAGACGUUUUUCUCGAAUUUAAACGAUCUAUUAGCAUACUACAUUUUUGUGGCAACAGAAGUCAGUCAAUUAAAACUUUAGAAAAAAUAGUGAGGGAAAGCGACCGUGGAAAAGUUCAUUUUAGGUGCCAAAAAGCUGAAAAUUUGGAAAAAUGCUUCUUCAUGCUCUCACAAACUUCGAAAAGUGAACACAAAGCGGCAAAAAUCUUAAGAACUGAGAAAAAACAUCCGCCGAACCCUGAUCUUUUGCGCUCCAGGACUAAAAUUUCGAUAAGAUUUUUACGUUUCAUUUUCAUCACUGAAAUCUAUAAAAUCAGCCGCAGAGCGCAAAUUUUCCGUGGGACGGAAAGCACAGCUGUAAAAUUUUGCGCUCUAUAGAGAUAAAUAUGAGAUUCACAUGAUUUUAAGUUCAAUUCAUCCUCAAGAGUUAUGAAAAUUAGGCAAAGAGCGUAAAUAUUCAGAUUGUCGCGGCUAUCCAAUCCAAAACUUGAUCUUUUUCAGGAUUCGCGAGAUUUCAAUCUUAGCAACGGAAUAAACCGACAGUACGGCACGUUCCGCUCGAGCGAGAUCAAAAUCGUCAAAAUCGUGAGGAUUUUUUCUGCGAAGAGUUUUUUCGGUUUGAAAGAACGGAAAAUUUUUUUUUUGAUUUGCUUCAAAUUUUCCAAAAACAGAACUUUGAGCUAAAGUAUCCAAUUUUUUGUACAGAUGGAUAUUAACGUUCUUUAAUUUUGCAGCUCGGGAACGGAGCGUUUGGAGAGGUUUCCUUAGCAGAGAUAACUCACCCAGCCUUUAAACAAGACAAGGCCGCCGUUAAGACGGUAGGUCUUCAGAUAUCGAAUUUAUUCAGUGGUAUAGAAAAGAUUGAAAAAGAAAAAUAAUGGCCUAAAGCUGAAAUUUGAAAUUUCGCUCUCAAGUGAUCACUGGAGAAAUGAAAGUUACAGAUGCUUUUUCAAGUUACUUAGGUCCGAGUCCUGUCAAAAAUGCAGUUUGCAAUAAAAAUUAUUUUGGGGACAAAAAGGGACUCAAGUUAUGGUUUUUUUUAGGUUAAGAAAGGUUACCCUCAGCAGCUAUGUUUGGAAGAGAAGUUCCUGACAGAAGGAAGGAUUUCAAUCCCCCUCGACCAUGCCAAUGUUGUGCGAACAUUAGGAUGGUGCUACGACAAUAAACCCCUUCAGCUUUUGAUGGAGUUAUGUCCCGGUGAGGCUUCCAAAAAACAUUUCUUGCAAUGAAAAGACUCUGUGAAAAGGAUCAGUUAACUUUGAAGAAAUUUUGGAAAACAAUGUCAAACGAAAAAUACUAAUUUGGGGAUCGCCGGAAUUAAUUAGAAGAGGGCAUAAUUUUUCGAAACUGCCCAACAUUCGAAAUUCUGACGCCGGUCUUUCUCCGUCUAAAGUUUUGGUAGAAGUCUUCGAGAUCACAGACCUUUGAGAUUUGAUUUAACGUCAUUUUUUGAAGGGGGCGCUCUGAGUACAUACCUCAUGACCAAGUCUGAUAAAGCUUCGAAUCUAGCCUUAACUAGGCUCUGUCUUGAUGCCGCUAGAGGCCUCGAUUACUUACACGAGGUUGGCGUGUUGCACAGAGAUGUUGCAGCACGCAAUUGCCUAUUGGACGCGAAGGGAACGGUAUUCUCAGGGAACCUGCAGAAAUUUCACCAACGUUUUCAGUUGAAAGUGGCCGACUUUGGCUUGUCGGUCAAAGCGUACUAUUACGAGAUGACCACAUCGGAGAAUCUACCAACCCGGUACCUGUCACCUGAAUGCCUUACCUAUUUCGCAUUCAAUGCCGAAACCGACAUCUACGCCUACGGGGUUUUCUUUUUGCUCAUGCCUGACUAGAUUGAAAACUUUUUACAGCAUCUCGUGUGCGAAAUGUUUAAUAAGAACCAAACGCCGUAUACUGGAAUGACUGGACCACAGGCCCGCAAAAAGGUCAAUUUUUUUUUGUUUUUAACAGAAAAAAAGUCCGUUUUUUGCAGAUUCUCGCCGGAAACGUCCUAAACGUGCACAAAAGAGCGCCUGAGGCCCUGCGCGCAUACGUUGGAGAUCGAGUUUUUGCCUACCACCCAAUCUACAGGCCCCCCAUGCAUCAGGUACACCUUUUUUUUUCAGAACGCAUUUUCCGACGAAAAGUAGCCUUAAAAUUUUUGAUUUUCAAAAAAUGGCCUUGCGUUAUAUAACUCAUAACUUUAAAAAAAUCGCGGCUUUUUUUUUCUCGACACUUGAAAAAAUCCAAAAACUUGGAAAGAAUUUUUAGAUUGUCAAAUUUUUGGAAGAACUCGUCAGCUGCUUGCAGAAGGUUGGACAUUCAAAUUUUUUGCAAAAAUGAUUUUUUUUUUCUAGUAAAUAGCCCUAGGGAAAUUCAAAAAUUCUUUUACAGGACAAUCCGGCGGAAAACGGAAGAGUUGAGAGUACGAUGGAAACUGGAAAUGACGAAACCAUGCAGCCAAGCAAUGUAACAGAGGUGAACUUUUGGUUCAAUCUUUGUCUUGUCCAUUGAAGGCCAAUGGUCACACUGGAAAUGAAUCCAAGCACCCCGAAUCCUUUGAACGAACGCCCGACUGGAAUCGGCUUGCGCAUGCAGACCUCAAGGAGCGUUGAGCCAUUCCCAGUGCGACCAUGUUGUUUCUAGUAGUAUAGAAAUGGGGAAGGAAAAUUGAAAAUUAGUCAAGUCUAUCAGGACAAGCCGAAAAAAUCGACUUUUUUGAGCCAACUUCUUUUACAGGACGUCUUUGAGCUGGUCGAGCCCAGCUCAGCCGCCCAGUCGCCACCUAUCGUCGUCGCAGAAUAA